UCUCUCCUCUCUCUGGUUCAACGGGCAAAGUCUGUUUUUCGAAUAAAGUUUCGGUUUUUAACGUUCCCUUCGUCUUCUUGGCGAAUUCGUGCAUCUAUCAAAUCUAUAUCGAUGAGCUGCGAUUUGAAUCCACCUGCUUCUCCUCCAGAUGAGGAAGUGAAAAUGGAGGAUGAGUGUGUAGAGAAUAAGCAAUCAAGGGCUGCUGCUUCUUGCUCCUCUGUAUCUGAAGGCAGUGGUGGUAGUAGUAGUUUCCUCAAGUCACCUCCUGCUGUUGCAAGUCCUCCCACAGCAUCUCCAACUCAUAGGAGGACGAGUGGCCCUAUAAGGAGAGCUAAAGGCGGGUGGACACCGGAAGAGGAUGAGACAUUGAGACAAGCAGUUUGUAAGUUUAAUGGCAAGAGCUGGAAGAAAAUAGCGGAGUUUUUCCCUGAUAGAACUGAAGUUCAGUGCCUGCACCGUUGGCAGAAAGUUUUGAAUCCGGAUCUUAUCAAAGGACCUUGGACACAACAGGAGGAUGAGAAGAUCAUUGAACUUGUUGAAAAAUACGGGCCUGCGAAAUGGUCUAUUAUCUCAGACUCUUUACCAGGUAGAAUUGGGAAGCAAUGUCGAGAGAGGUGGCACAACCAUUUGAAUCCUGGUAUAAACAAGGAUGCUUGGACCCCAGAGGAAGAGUUAGCUCUCAUGAAUGCUCACCGAGUCCACGGAAACAAAUGGGCUGAGAUUGCUAAGGUCUUACCCGGCAGAACCGACAAUUCGAUAAAGAACCACUGGAACAGUUCACUGAAGAAGAAGUCAGAGUUCCUCUUAGUUAACGGUAGCUUACCACCGGCAGCAGCAACGAACGGUGUUCCAUCGUGUUUUCAGAGAAGGGUUUCUGUUUCAGUUGCUCAAACCUCUUGUGGAACUACACAGAUGAACAAGCCCGGUGAAGAAGGAAAAGACCAGUUAAACUCAGAAGCAGCUGCUGCUUCACCAAUGGCUGGUUUUGAAGAGUACGUUCGUUCUUCUCAGUUGCCUAAACCAGAGCCAUCGCCAGAGAAUGGUUGUCAUCUUAACAACAAGAAGCCUCAACCAGAGGAUCAUCACAUGGCGUCAGAAGCGGAUAAGCAGCGGAUGUAUGGGUAUGAAUGUGGUUGCAGCCCAAGCGCAUCGUCACCUGUUAUCUUCUUCACUCCACCACCGCCUAGUAGAGAAGAGUACAGUAGUAACGGUUCAGCUCCAAGGAGUCCUGAGUCUUUCUUGAGAGAAGCUGCUAGAACAUUCCCAAACACCCCUUCUAUAUUCAGGAAAAGACGACGCAAGGUCGUUGUUGUUCCGGAUAACAACAAAACAGAUGAAGAAGAAGCUAAAAAAGAGGUUGUUGAUGAAAAGGUGAAUGGUAUCUCAGAAACCCCUGACUGUGAAGAGAAGGAGAACAGUGGAUCAAAUGCUUACAACGUAUCUCCUCCGUACCGGAUAAGAUCCAAAAGAACAGCUGUUUUUAAGUCAAGACAGCUUGAGUUCAUCUCUCCAGAGGAAGACAAGGUUGAUGAUGAAACCAAAUCAUCUGAGAAAGACAAGUUGCUUGAUGGUGGAGAUUCUCAACUCUCAGGCCAAGAAAACUGAGAUCUUCUCCCUUACACGUUGAAUAUUUUUUGUUGGUUAUUUUUAUAAUCCUUUUUUUGGGGGGAUAACGUUGAAGCUGUGCUUAAUUAACACCUAACAUGAGUUAGGUUCGGGUUAAUAAUACCCAAAAAAAAAAUGUAAUAUGUUGUAACAAA